AUGCCCGCCCGCCCGCCUGGAGGCCAUUGCCCGCUGCCGCUGGCGCCCAGAGCCACCCAGCCCGGCGCCCCCCGCCCGGGCCCCCGCGGCCGCCCCGCGCCCGCCAUUGUUCGGAGGCCGCCCGCCCCCCAGCCCGGGUGCCCGCGGCCGCCCCCGCCGGUGGCCCACGGCCCGUCGCCCGCGCCCUCCAUGGCCGGAGUAACAUGUAACGUGACGUGCAGCGUGGAUCGUAAGAAGAAAUGGAAGGUCUCUGAGUGGGCCGCGUUCCACCAAGCGUACAUUGAGGAAUGGGAGCAGUUCCACGACAAUGUGGACGAGAACGACGAGCCGCACACAAACACGUUCACCGGCCGCGUCAUCGAAGCGGCGCCAGAGCUAUGGUCGUACGGCCCGGUGGAGAAGGAGAAGAAGCGGAAAAGGGGCUGA